AUUUGGCAGCGCUUGUUAUGAAGACCUGGCAACCCUGGCUCAAACCAAAACUAAACUGUAAAACGCUGUAGAUUAUUUCCGGAGUAGCCUACAUACGGUAGGGAAGUGUCGGAACGAGAAACUAUUUUGUUUUGUGAAGAAGUGAAACAGUCAGCCAUAUGAACUCCUGAGUAGGUUUGUAGCUGAUGAAGCUCUCACUAUGGCGUCGAAUAAGCGUCCCUUCUCUGACGAGGACUUCACGUGCCCGGUGUGUUGUGACGUCUUUAAGGAGCCCGUGCUCCUGUCGUGUGGUCACAGCGCGUGCGACAGGUGCGUUCACCGGUACUGGGACAUCAAAGGCUGCCGGGAGUGCCCGCUGUGCAGGAAGCGCUCUGCGAGAAACCCUACCGUGAACCUGGCUCUGAAGAACCUGUGUCAGACCUUCCUGGAGCUCCGAGGUGAUCCUGAGACACUCUGUGACCUCCAUGGAGAGAAGCUGAAGCUCUUCUGUGUGAAUGACGGACAGGUCGCGUGCUUGGUCUGUAGAAACUCCAGCAAACACCUCCAGCAUCGCUUCAUCCCUGUCGACGAAGCAGCUUCUGAACAAAAGGAUGUUCUUAGGAAUGCAAUGAAUACGUUGAAAAUGAAAAUGAAGAGCCUUCAUGAUGCUCAGGUUAAUUUUCAUCGAAAUGUAUAUCACAUCCAGCAACAGGCCCAGUACAUGAAGAAGCAGAUUAACGAGGAGUUUAGGAAACUUCAGCAGUUUUUGCAGGACGAAAAUGCGGUCAUGAUGACUAAACUGGAUGUGGAAGUGCAGCAAAAAACAGAGAGUCUGGAAAACAAAAUCAAAAGCAUUCAGCAAGAGAUACUGUCUCUCUCAGACACUAUUGGAGCCAUAAAAGCGGAACUGCAAUCUGAAGACAUCAAAUUCCUGAAGAACUUUGAGACAAGUUUGGUAAAAGCCCAGUACAUAGAUAAUAUUGCAAAUAUUCCUUCCGGAGAAGUAAUCAGUGUUGCACAGUACCUGGGCAAUCUGCAGUUCCAUGUCUGGAACAAAAUGCAGAGCUUCAUUAAAUACACUCCUGUUGUCUUGGACCCAAACACAGCACAUUCCCAGCUCAUCCUGUCCCCGGAUCUGACCAACGUAAGGGACAGUGAUGAUGACCAUGAAGACCAGGCUGACGUACCCAGACCACCAGUUUUGGACACUCCUGAGCGGUUUAGGAGCUUGUAUGUGCUGGGCUCUGAGGGCUUCUCUUCAGGGCUGCACUGUUGGGACGUUGAGGUGGGAAACAGCACCUUCUGGAUGCUCGGCGUGACCACCGAGUCCGUCCAGAGAAAGGAACCCAAUGUUUUUCCCAGCGGUGCUUGGGGUAUUGGGUAUGAUGACCAAAAGCUGUGUGCUCGGUCUCCUUCAGAACCAUACACUCCUCUGUCUUUGGCUGUCAAACCCCAGAUAGUCAGAAUUCGACUGGACAUGGAUUCAGGGGAGGUGUGGUUUUUAGACCCUGCCAGUGAUGCUGUAAUCCACAUGUUCUCGCACCACUUCACUGAGAAGGUCUUUCCAUUCUUCCACAGCAUGUGCAGUCUGUUUCCUCUGAAGAUCAUGCCUCUCCAGCCUUUUGUGGUGCUGAGAAUGCUGCCUUAAUGCUCUUAAUGAUCCUGCAGGUUAUAUUAGGAAUGGUUCAUCCUGCUGUGGACAUGAUAGACAAUGGACUUACACAUAUCACAUAUCGAUCCAGGUUGUUUUUUGUUUUUUUAAUCUUUCUGUAUUUUCCAGAGCGAAGCUUGAACACAAAGGACCGUCAUUAAAUCUGGGACAUGUCACCUUUUGUUCAGAGAUGCACUUUAAGCUCCUAUAUAUGUGUCGCACCACAGGAUUGUUGUACCAGAUGCUCUAUUUACAGAAUGCGUAGAAACGGCGUUGAACAGCGCACAAUAUUUUGCACCGUUUUCACUGGCUGAUCCAGUAACUAUCAAUGAAUAAGCACCUCAAUAGCGCCCCUACAGGAUACAUUUACCACUUUUAACAUCAUCUACAACAGUGAUUCCCAACCACUGUGCCGUGGCACAUUAGUUUGCCGUGAGAGAUCAUCAGGUGUACCGUGGGAAAUUAUCCAAUUUCACUUAAUUGUUCCGAAAAUUAUUAUUUAUUUACUGCAAAUAAUUUGUCUUCGUUCAUCUAUGCCAGCGACGUAUAGUGACAGACAGAACAAUUAAAUACUCUUCCACUAGAUGGCAGCAGGUAGCUAAUUAACCUGUGUAUCUACCUGUUGCCAUUCAAACAAUAGAAUUAGUAAUGCUUCGGGUGUGACAGCAGUGAUAGCGAUGGAUAAAUAUUUGAAAAGAAAAAGUACACAAUCCAAACUGGGUCCUGGAGAAAAUUCUGACCCAGAUGAAGGCCCUAGUAUGAGUAGAGGUCAGAAGAAAGCAAAAAAAGUGAUUUUCCACAACCUGUCUAUGCGAGCUGGGCUUUUCAAGCAUGACUGCUAUAAAAACUAAAAAAGGAGAGUGACUCAGAGCUGUUGAGGAAGAUCUUCGUGUGUGUCUUUCUUCAAUUCCUGUGAGUAUAUCAGCUUUGUGUUCAACUAAACAGGCCCAGGUUUCACACUAAGUAAGUAAAUUGUGAGUAAAUUGAGACUAGAUGAUCAUUAUAUUUCAUUAUAUAUACUUUUUGUGGGCGGCACGGUGGUGUAGUGGUUAGCGCUGUCGCCUCACAGCAAGAAGGUUCUAGAAGGUUCCUGGGUUCGAGCCCCUGGGCCAGCGAGGGCCUUUCUGUGCGGAGUUUGCAUGUUCUCCCCGUGUCCGCGUGGGUUUCCUCCGGGUGCUCCGGUUUCCCCCACAGUCCAAAGACAUGCAGGUUAGGUUAACUGGUGACUCUAAAUUGACCGUAGGUGUGAGUGUGAAUGGUUGUCUGUGUCUAUGUGUCAGCCCUGUGAUGACCUGGCGACUUGUCCAGGGUGUACCCCGCCUUUCACCCGUAGUCAGCUGGGAUAGGCUCCAGCUUGCCUGCGACCCUGUAGAAGGAUAAAGCGGCUAGAGAUAAUGAGAUGAGAUGAUACUUUUUGUGACAUUUUUGUUUGGUGGUGUGCUGUUGGAUUUUUCGAAUGUAAAAUAUGUGCCGUGGCUCAAGAAAGGUUGGGAAACACUGAUCUACAACUGUGUUGGACUGAGGCUGGUUCGAGAGGACUUGAAACAGGGACUCGUUUUAAAUAACUAUCAUGUAGUUACUGUCCAAAAUCGGAAAUGAGUCAACACUCGACAGUGUCCAUUCAUUAUACAUGUACUGACUGAUUCUGAGUCCUGGUCUUUAUGUUUUCAUCACAGCAUGUUCAGAGGUUAGAAAGAAUAAAAACACGUUUUAUGACUGAC